AUGAAUGAAUCUUUUCCCAUCCGGGACAUGCCGAUAAAUUAUAUUCACUGCACUGGAAUUUAUCCUUACAACACAAUAAGAGAUUUAAAAUCGGUUUCAGCCCUUUUCGUUUUCUCAACAGACUUAGUGAAAGCUUAUGGUGAAACAUAUCAGAUCUUUCAAUUGGUAAAAGAUAUUUUCGAAGUGAUUUUUGUUUCUUGUGACAAAAUUGGCACCCAAAAUCCUUUCCGAAUGCAAUUUAGAAUUUGCGCUCAUAAAAUAAUUGAGCAAUAA